UGGAAUCAAGUUCGAUCACCUCUAAAAUGCCAGUUAGUGGAGCAACACGAACAAUGCCCGCUAGUGAUGUCACAGCUAUUAAUAAAUAAGGACAAAAGUAACUGGCUCAUCCACAUUUUAUUCGUCAGACAGGAGUUUGAUGAGUGAAUGAAACUUAUAGAUGAUGUUCUGGAUUCCUCUAAGGAUAAAUCUGAGUACGCAUUGUUUGUAAAGGCUAUGAUCUUAAGGAUUAAUGGCAACAUUCAUGAGUCCUUAGAGAUGUUCAAGAAGUGUCAUCUUCUAGAUCCCUCCAAUAUUGAUUAUUUGAAGCAGUUUGGUAGAUCUCUGUACCUAUUGGGGAGGCACAAAGCCGCGAUUGAUGUGUACGAUGAAUGCCUUAAGAUUACUGAAAAUGACUGGGAGAUUUAUUACUACAAGGGCCUUAGUUAUAAGUACCUUCGAAUCUAUGAUGACGCCAUUGAUAACUUCACCAAAGCAAAUGAAAUUCAAAAACAUGAUUGAACUUUUAUUGAAUUGGGGAGAGUUUAUACAGCACAAGUUAAAUAUAGAGAAGCUAUCCAAGUAUCUCUUGAAGGAUUGGAUUUUAGUCCUGAGAACCCAGAAAUUUUGACCACAAUUGGGCUUUUGUACAUUCGUGCAGGGGAGAACUUUCAAGCAUUUCAAUUUUUGGGGAAUUCUUUGACUCAUGAUCCUGAAAACCCAAAAACUAUCCUUGCUACUGGCUCUAUUAUUCAGGAUAAGAGUGAUCAUGAUGCUGCCUUACAAAAGUAUAGAAUUGCCGCAGUAGAUAAUCCUGAUUCGGCUGAACUAUGGAAUAACAUUGGAAUGUGAUUUUUCGGCAAACAAAAAUAUGUAGCAGCAAUUGCUUGUUUAAAGAAAGCUUUAUAUCUAGAUCCUUUCCAGUGGAUUGCUGCAUUCAAUCUAGGGUUGGUACACUUGAACACAGGACAAUAUGCAUCUGCAUUCCAUUUCUUUAGCUCUGCCAUUAACCUAAAACCUGAUUUCUCAAAUAGUUACAUGUACCUCGGAAUAACACUUAACAGACUUGACGACUUCGAGAGUGCAUGAAAUGCUUUUGAAAAAUCUCUGGAGCUGGAUGACUCUGACUGAAUAAUUUAUCUGAACUAUGCCAUUGUGCUAUUUAAUAAUGGGGAUGCUUCUAGAGCAUCGGAGAUGUUUAAGAAGGCAGAAGAGAUAUACAUUACUCUUGAUGAAGAAGAUAUUGAGCCAGAGAUGAUGAGUCAAAGGCAAACUCUAGCCAAGGCUUUGAAUUUCCCAUUAAAUCAAUAGCUCUUCAAUU